GCGACUUUGGAGACAGAGAAGCUGGUGAGGUACUUUGGCAGCGCCAGCUCUGUGCCGGUGCUCUCCAUCCCCGGCCGAACCUUCCCUGUGCAGCAAUUCUGGCUCGAGGAUGUCGUGCAGAUGACAGGCUACCGCUGCGAAGAGGACAGCGACUUCGCGAAGCGAGGUUGGAGCCGCGGCUGGCAAACCGAGAAGAAGACCUUCCAGGUGGCAGACAAGGGCAAGACUCAGACCAUCACAGCCUACAUCGAUGAGGAGGAUGACUGGG